GAGUCAAUAAGUUUAUUUUUGAAACAUUGAUAAAUGAUGCAAAACAUUCAUUCAUGAUUAUUGUUGAAUGUACAUUCGCAAAGAGACAAAAGCAACAGAAGACAUUUACAAUGAGUCUCCAAGCAGCCAACACACCUCACUAGAUGGACAUGGGAGAACCAGACCCACUACGAGAACCACAAGCACAUUGUUCUGGAUGGCACCUGCGUCCAGCCCCCACAUGGACUGAUCCAGGCUAUACAAGUACCGGAUCAGAACCAUCUCUGUUAUGGUCACCACAGAGAUUGGACUGGUCACCUGAAUGGUUCCCAAGGAUGCCCUGUGUACGCCCCUGGUGGUCCCUUAGCCUAACAUCAUCACAACCAACCGAAUACCCACGGCCCUGGACUCCAGCUCCACGUCCGGGGGAGUAUCGGACCCUCAGCGGGGCUCCUGUGGGUGAGUUACCGGAGAGUCAACGACCAAUGUAUUUCCCUGGUGCUCUUCGACAUCCCUGGUCUGGGGAACCUCCUAGUCAAGCUUCUGGUCUCUGGUCCUGGCCUUUGGAGUCCGGACCACCGACUGCCAUGUUCCUGUCGCCAUAUUCCUCCCAUUCUCCGGCGAUUGCAGCACAGAUGGAGUACUCAUCUCGGUUCGCCCUAGUACCACCCCCACCACCACCCUUCUCCUCCUACCAGGUCAACAUGAAGAUGGCACUCCCUAGAGCAGCAACAUACAACCCGCCCCACCGAGAGCAGGUCCGUCAUGCAGAAGCUUCCCAGAGAGCCUGUCUACGACUGUUACCAUGCCCACAGACUCCAGCCCUGUUGACUCCUCAGCCCGAUGUCAGUGGCCCCUUCACGCCCACAGUCAUCAAUCAACCGCCCUUCGCCUCACCAGCCCUCUCCCCUUGGACCUCCUGGUCCAGAACCGACGAAGGAACCCGGUCUGUUCCGUCCUCCCAUGACCGUAGCUGCAGAGGUGGUUCUAAUCACUGGCUGGCUGAGGAACCAGAUUCUGAUCUCAGUCUGAUUGGACCAAUCUUCGCAACCAGCUAUAAUUUGAGCCUUCAGCCAGACUUCGGCCAGACCUCAGCGAACGACCAAAUAGCAAGGACGUCCACAGGAGAUGACCGUGGAUUGCUGGAGGGGGCCGGCUUGGACCCACCGAGGAGGAGAAACCAGGGGUCCUACCCCUGGCAUUCCCCCCUGGACCUUGGCCAAAUUGAGAUACUGGACCCUGUUGUCGUCCAUCAGAUCCCAGAUCAUGGAUCAGAGACCCUGGAUGGAGACGUCGGUGGGGACUGGUUCCGCGAGGAUGAAGAUGAAGAAGAGGAACCCGAGGAGGAGACAUGGACUCACAGGUUCACGGAGUACCUUGACGAGUUGGUCAAGGAUGAGGACUUUGUCUCAACGGUGGGCUCCAUACUGGACAUGGCGUUCCUGGAGACCCCAGAGCCGACGGAGCUGAUUGGACCAGAGCAUGGAGAGACGUUUCAAGCAGAUAUUCAGCAGACACAAGAUGGGGGGUCUUUUGGUGACGACGGUGCCAUCUCAGAGUUCGACAGCACAGGUUCCCUGGCUGUGGUCGUCCUUAACAGUCAUCACACCAAUACUCCACCACAGACCGCCGGCUGGACUCCUUCCUGGGCUCCAGAGUCACCGUCGGUCGCACCGGCACCGUCUCAUGACGGCAGUGAUCAACCCGGACCGGAGGACGUCUGGGAGAGUUGGUUAAAAUCUAUGGCUCAACCUCUUACAGCCCUACUUUGUGAUCCUCCCAUCCCCAUGAACGAUGGGGAGGUCGAAGCACCUCACCCAAAGGAUUCCCCCGACGACCAAGGCACGGGCCUCGAGCCGUUCUGCUCAGAAGUCUUCUCCCUGGCGACGGUCGAGAUUGAGAGCCCAAGCCCGGGGACCGAAGGGGCUUUUGAAUUUCGUUGGGAGCACUUUGACGCCUCCAUCACGGGUGAGUUGUCACUUGACGUCUCAAAGUGUGAUGACGAAGUACUUCCAACAAUGGCCACCUUAGCGAACAAAUACCCGUUCCCUUCUCCCCCCAACCUCUCCAUCCUCCGCUCACUCAGCCCGCUGGUGUCCCCCAGCAGUCCCAGUGCCAGGGUACCUUCUCCCCUUUCAGGUGGUCACGUCGGUGACCCGUUGAUCAGCAUCUCAGCAGAACCAAAGAGGAGAGAAGAUCCAGAGAACGAGACGCAGGAAGAGGACGAGGGAGGCGCGUUGGACGGCGGCGAGUUGCGAUCUGCUCCGUCCGAGGAAGGGUUGCUGGGUGUCACACAUGACAAGUUGCCCAGCUGGAGAGAUGGGGAACCAUGGGAUCUUGCUCAGAGUACUGCCUCAUCCAAGGAUCGAUAUUCAGAUGGCGCAAGAGGCAUGGCCGCUCUGCAUGUGGAUGUUGGAACUUACGCCCUAUUAGAGAACAUGAGUGUGAACGCAACCAAAGCCUUUCUUGAAUUAGAUUUUCAGGUUGAUGUCACCGGCCUCCCCCCAUUGGACAUCGCUGAUAACGCAGAAUAUGCGUCUGCAGAUCGCGAGCUGGCGCAACCUGAAGACAAAGCCGUUCUUGUGGUUCGCAGAGAAGAAGUGCAUGAAGCCGCCUCGUCAUGCCCAGGCUACCUUGAGAGUGGACCUGCGUCCACAGAUUCUACCGGACCCGCGGAGGGGUGUAGGGCAACAAUGUAUACGCAACAAGCACCAGCCGUUAGCACAUUGACUUCUGAACAUGGCAUUGUGCAUCCAGAAAACCAGCAGGCGCCGGGGGCUUCACCUCCCUCACUGGGGGAACGGGCCACGCCCCUCAACCUCAACAUGAUCCCAGGCGGCUUCCCUUCUGGACCCCUGACAGGGGCCAGUUCUGAAGGUAGAGAGGAGGUGGGAGCAGAGAAAGAAACUUUCGCAGGUGACACAUAUGCAAGUCCAAAGGCAUGUGAAGCACAUGAGGUAGCCGCUUGGGAGGACAGUCCCAUCCUGUCCCCAUCGCGUUCCGUGAGAGAGGGAAACGAAAGUCGAAAGAAGGAGGACCAAAUCAAGAUUUCCAGCCCAAUAAAAAGAGGUAAAUCGUUACGGAAAAUAAGCAGAAGGCUUUGGCCACUAAACGAGGGAGGAACGUUAGAGACCGUGACCAGACCUAGUGACCUUAAAAUCCAUCAGAAUUGUCAGACAUCCAACACCUGCAGUACUAAUAGAAGAUGUAGUCCAAGGUGGACUCUGCAGUUCAAGACAAUAAGAUCAUCAUCAUCCUCAGGCAAAAACGGGACUGCAAGUCUUCUUCUGGAAGACUACAAGCAAAGACUAGAAAACGCACGAGCUCCAGGAGAGGAAAGCAGCCACAAAACCCCAGAUAAAUCCCUGCGAGGGAGGCCGAGGAAGGUGCUUUUCUCAGGCCCCGAAUUAUGUCCCAUGGCAAUCCCUUGUGUUAAUCCAGGGUCAAUCCAUCUGACCAGAAUGAAGAGACAUAAACUCCCGACAGAGAAAGAGAAGGAAAGGGCAAUUUACAAUUUCACACUCAGAGAUUUAAGGGCUAAAACUCUAGUGACUGAAAAAUCAGGUUUAACGACCAAACAGAGAAUGGAAAAUUCGGAUAAGAGAAAAACAGAGGAGAGGGAGAUGGCAAUGACGUCCAAGAAGGCUCCCAGGGCCAGCCCCAGGCUGAGGAACCGUAGCAAAACGCAGAGCCCCCUGAGGCAGCCCCGAAGGAGGACCACCGCUCUGGGGAAAGUAGGGUCCGGGCCCAGAGAGAUAACUGCGUUGUCCGACACGCCAGGUCGGCACACGCCGAGGCCAACGAGGCGGUUGAAAAGAGAUCCGGCGAAUCAGGACGCCCCCGUCACUCCCCAACCAAGUCCCGCGGGUGGACUAAGGAAUGGUCCGACGGACGACAAGAGGAAAGAAGACGAGAAUGAGGAAAGGAUGUCAAGUCCGAGGAAAAGGUCAAGAGGACUUGCGGUGAAAGGGAACGGCGACAUCGUCCCGUUCCAACAGAGUCCCGUGAGGGAACGAAGGAAGUGUCGAAUGUAUGAUGAAGACGAAAAGGAAAAGACCCCGAGUCCGACAAAAAGAUCAAGAAGGGGAAGGGUCGAUGGGGAGGAAGAUGGAGGGGGCUCGCGGAAACCGAAUCCUGACCGGGAAAAGCGCAGCAAGCAACGGAAUGUACCCUAG